AUGGCUAAUGAAUUGCGUGACUUGGUGAAACAAGAACGGAACAUCUUGAAGACAUUUGAUUCAGUGAAAUUGUUCGUUGAAGGAUUCGAUGUUGAAGUGCAUAGUGUGCAAGUGGAUAUUCGGUUGGAGCGACUGGAAAUUGCCUUCAAGGAAUUCCACAACGUCCGUAGGAAGAUCGAACUACUGACGGAUGAUGUUGACGACGAUGAAGAAGAUGCUGCAAUGGAUCCCAAGAAAGAUGCAGAAAAUGCGAUGAUCAUCAUGGAUGCUGAAGACAAGUACUGUACCCUCAAGGCCAUUCUGAUGAGUCUUCGACCGAAGCUGAUAGAUCCUACGGCUAACACUCAACCAGUCGCACACGUUGCCGGUGCAGGAUUAUCACGUGUUAAGCUUCCCGAGAUUCGCUUGCCAACCUUUAGUGGACCGCUCAAGGAAUGGGUAACGUUCCGAGAUACAUUCCGUAGCUUGAUCCAUAAUAAUCCACAGCUAACGGAUAUGGAAAAGUUUACGUACCUUCGAUCGUCGUUGAAUGGAGAAGCGUUACAGGAAAUCAACUCGGUGUAA